UCAGCAGGUAACAGGUACUUCACUUGCAGAGGACCCAGGUUCAGCUCCCAGGGCCCAUAUCUGUGCUAUAACUGCCUCUAACUCCAGCUUCAGGGGAUCCAGUGCCUCUGGGUACCUACACUCCGGUGGGCAUACCUGUCCCUCCCCACGUGUGCAUAAUUAAAAAUAAUGCACACAAAUCUUUAAAAAGUGAAAACGGUUCAGAGGUCUCAGACUGCACGGUGACUGUGUGGCCUGUAAAUGUCUACAUGUAAGUUGUCAGAGUAUAAAUUAAGUGGCGCACCCUUCGCACUGCCCCGUUCAGUAACGGACCAGGCACGCAGUCUCUCGCUGGCUCUUCUCUUAAGCACCAUUGUUUGCCAUCAUGGAAUGGAACCGAGUUUCCAAGUAUUUUGAGUCAGAAUCUGACUUCUGCUGAACCUCAUACAUACACACAUGUGGCUGUGUUUGAAAUAGGUGCCUCUUAAGUCUUUUAUCAGAACGUUUGAAAGGGCUGAAGAGGUGGCUCGGUGGGUAAAGAGCUAAGCCUGAGGACCUGAGUUCAAAUCCCCCCAAACCUGUGUGAAACUCUAAUCUCAGCCCUCUUACUGGGGAGGGGAGGCAGAGACUCCCCAGAAGCCAGCCUCUUCUAUGGAGCAGGGAAAAAAAUGAAAAAGCAGAAGACCCUGUCUUCCACAAGGUGAAAGACCAGGACACACACCCAACAUUGUCCUCUGACCUCCCCAGACCCUGGGGCACGUGUCUGCCGACAUUUCACACACACAUUGGUUUGCACAAAGAUAAGAAAUGCUUAAAAGUUAAAAAUCCACCAUUGUUAUCUAGAAGCAGGUUUUGGCUCAUCAUGAUUUGGUGAUCUGACCAUCAAGCUGAUGAAGCGUUGUUCAGUACUCUGGAUUGGCAUUCCGAAGACAUUUCUAGCUCCACGCUUUGAGAAUUAAAGCCUAUGAAAUCAUAAACAACGGUUCAGUCUUCUCAAGACAUAGAGCAAACAGUUUCCCUCAGCUUGGUUUAGUGUUUCAUUCUAAGCACAGGAGCCCACCCUGCUGCCCAGAAACCACACACAGCCCGAGGACAGACAGCUGUGAAUUUAGCCCAGCACUAUGUAGAUGAUGCUGUUAGAAGGUUGUACACUUCUGAGUCCAUGCCUCCUUGUGCCCCAAGAAAAAUGAACGCUAGAACGUUUGCCCUGCGGCUUCUGGGAGGAGAAGGCGGUUGGGAUGUGUGGAAGCAGCAUUGUGAUGACACAGCAGGACAGGGUCCCAGGGACAGGGCUGGGUGAAUUUCAGCCGUGACACUGGGGAGGGCAAACAUGGGUUUGUGUGUGGCCACUUGUCUGUGCUGUUUCCUGAACUGGGGGCUGAGAGUGUUCUGCCCACCACCAUGAAGUUGCUGUGAUCGGGCCAGCUUUUGGCCUGUCUGAUUUUCAGGUGUGAGAAGCCCGACUACUAAAGUCUGUGGUGCCUCCAUUGUGUAGACAGUUAUGGGGACACUCUGGUGUCCCUUCAUUGCUCUCCUGUCCUGAGAAGCUGUAAGGAGUCCACAGUGCCCAGCAGAUGUGGGUAUUGAGCAUUUGCUGUGGGGUAUGUUGGACUAGACACACACUUUGAAGUAGUCUGAAGACAGUACUUCCAGGCUGUCUUUGGAAGCAUGACACAAAAGUCAAAUACUCCACAAGUCACUUUUAUACAUUUUGGAAUAAUACUUCAGUUGUAUUAGAUAAAUCAAAACUUUCAUUGAUAUUUCACCUGUUUCCUUUUACUUUGUUAGUGGUUCCUGGAAAAUAAAAAUUAAUUUUGUGGCCCACAGUGUAAUCCUCCUGGACGAGGCUGCUACAAGAAGGCUUGUAUUUAUUUUGUAAAGGAUGGAGCCAGAAAAUGGAGAACCUGCUGAGAUUAAGAUCAUCAAGGAAGCAUACGAGAAGGCCUUUUUGUUUGUUAAUAAAGGACUGAACACAGAUGAGUUAGGGCAGAAGGAGGAAGCCAAGAACUACUACAAGCAAGGGAUAGGACACCUGCUUAGGGGCAUCAGCAUUGGGGCCGCAGAGCCAGGGUGCACCAGCCCGGCCUGGGAGUCUGCCAGACAGAUGCAGCAGAAAAUGAGGGAGACCCUUCAGAAUGUCCGCACCAGGCUAGAGAUCCUAGAGAAGGGCCUUGCCACAUCUCUUCGGAAUGACCUUCAGGAUGUGCCCAAGUUAUACCCUGAGUUCCCUCCUAAAGACGCAUGCAAGAAGUUCCCAGAGCCAGAUUUGGUUAGUUCAGGCCCCCAGCAUGCUGACGUAGACGGGAGCACCUCUGCUGUAGGGGCCACAGGUGCUGCACCUUCUGCUGGGCCCUCCCCUUCACCCAGCUGUCCUGCUGAAGCACCCCCAGCCUACACCCCCCAGGCUGCUGAGGGUCACUACACUGUUUCCUACGGAACAGACUCUGGGGAGUUUUCAUCGGUGGGGGAAGACUUCUACAGGAGCCAUACCCAGCCGCCCCCUCUCGAGACCUUGGGACUUGAUGCAGACGAACUGAUUUUGAUACCAAAUGGAGUGCAGAUCUUUUUUGUAAACCCUGCGGGAGAGGUUAGUGCUCCAUCCUACCCCGGGUACCUGCGCAUUGUGAGGUUCUUGGAUAAUUCUCUGGAUACAGUUCUGAACCGCCCUCCUGGGUUUCUCCAGGUGUGUGACUGGUUGUACCCUCUGGUUCCAGAUAGGUCACCAGUUCUCAAGUGCACCGUGGGAGCCUACAUGUUUCCAGACACCAUGUUACAAGCUGCGGGGUGCUUUGUGGGGGUUGUUCUGUCGUCUGAGCUCCCAGAAGAUGACAGGGAGCUGUUUGAGGAUCUGCUGAGGCAGAUGUCUGACCUUCGGCUCCAGGCAAACUGGAAUAGAGCAGAAGGAGAAGAUGAAUUCCAAAUCCCUGGGAGAGCAAGUCACCCCUCUGAGCCACGGAAGGAAGCUUCUGGCACCGAUGUCAGGCAUUCGGGUUCUUCAGGUUCUUCAUUAGACCAAGGCAGCAAGGAUGCGCGCCAUAAAGGAAAGCGUGGGAAAAAGACAAAAGAUACUUCAAGUGAAGAGGUUAAUUUGAGUCAGAUUGUGCCCUGUGAGCCACGUUCAGAAGAAAAAGCCAAAGAACUACCUGAAUGGAGUGAGAAAGUGGCCCACAACAUUCUGUCAGGUGCUUCCUGGGUGAGCUGGGGUUUAGUCAAAGGUGCUGAAUUUACUGGCAAAGCAAUCCAAAAAGGUGCUUCUAAACUCCGAGAGCGCAUUCAGCCAGAGGAGAAACCCGUGGAAGUGAGUCCGGCUGUCACCAGGGGCCUCUACAUAGCGAAGCAGGCGACUGGAGGGGCGGCGAAGGUCAGCCAGUUCCUGGUUGAUGGUGUCUGCACAGUAGCGAACUGCGUUGGCAAAGAGCUCGCUCCACAUGUCAAGAAGCAUGGAAGCAAACUCGUUCCAGAAUCUCUCAAGAGAGACAAAGAUGGGAAAUCCACUCUGGAUGGCGCCAUGGUUGUGGCAGCGAGUAGUGUUCAAGGAUUUUCAACUGUCUGGCAGGGAUUGGAGUGUGCGGCUAAAUGCAUUGUCAACAAUGUGUCUGCAGAAACUGUGCAAACCGUCAAGUACAAGUAUGGGCACAAUGCAGGAGAGGCUACCCACAAUGCAGUGGACUCCGCUAUCAACGUCGGCCUCACUGCCUACAAUAUUGACAACAUUGGCAUCAAAGCCAUGGUGAAGAAGACUGCCAAGCAGACGGGACACACUCUUCUGGAGGACUAUCAGAUCAUCGACAGCUCUCAGAAGGAAGGCCAGGGAGGAGCAGCAAGCACAGAUGUGAGAAGAAACACGGAAAAGCAGAUGGAGGAAGAGGAGGAGGAGGAAGAGAAGAAAGGGGCAAAGAAGAAAGAUAAAUAACCAGAGUUCUGGAAGUGACCUACACCAAAGCCUUACCAGAUGGACGAAUGUGAACAGCAGAUGUGGAUUCUCCACACAAGGACCAGUGGUUUCUAUGUAUUCAUUGCUACAGAGUGACUGUCGGAAGUUUGGGGCAUGUAUCCACUUACAAGAAAAAUAAUCAGUAUUCUUACAUCUGGUUCUAGAAAUAUGCAGUUUAUAGUCUCAAUACAUUUAUUUUCCCUUAAAUGUAGCUAUUUUUGCAGUUAAAAUAAAGCUUAUAAUAUAUGUAACUUAAACUUAAUGUCAAUCUAUUUUUUAUAUGUGCUAGCCUUCAGAAAGCAAAGUAGAAAACUAUACAUGAUUUCACAGCCACAUGAAUUCUGUUUAUGCUGAGAAGGAAUGAUUUAAUGACUAAAAAAAGACUCCUCUUUUUUGCACUAAUGGUGGAUCUUUGAGAUACCCAAAAGAAUUUUCAGUAUAUAAGCUAAAUGAAACCAUGAUCUCAAAGUAUGAUCUUAGAUAACGUUGUAGAAGGCUUUCUUAUGCAGGGAAGAGCCUGGCCAUGAAAGUGCCAUGAACUUCUGUAAUGUUAUCUCUUAUUUGCUAGAUCUCCUGCCUACUAGGAACCAAAAUGGCCUUUUGAUUUAAACUGAAGAAAAUGCUUCUUCCUGUCUUUAGGAUUGAGAGUAGGUCAUUGUUGAUAGAGUGAUUUUUUUUUUUUUUAUUAAUUCUUUGAGAAUUUUGUAUGUGCAUG